AGUGAUGGGAGGGGGUGACGUGGCGGUGACGGAGGCAUAAACUAAAAUGAGUGGCAGAAAUACUAGCCAAUCGACAAUCACACUGGCUGGGUAGUCUGCAUUCUCGAGUCCUCCCUGAGCGCUGGAGACUUCGGGAAAGCACCAAUGAGCUUUUCAUGAGUCUGAUUGGCCUUCACCUGCACCAAUCAACGGCGUGCCUGGCGGAAGCGUCCCACCACGGGCUCUCACUGGGCGCUGGUGGAAUGACAUGCCCAAGAGAAAUGCCAAUGUCCGAGGGGUCUUCCGCAAGUGACACUCAGCAUCACCAAUCGACUUCCUCCUUCCCGGCGGCAGAGCCCUCCUCCCCGCGGCCGGCCUGGCUGGGCGGGGACGCUGCGCGGCGGCGGCUGAUGCGCUAGCCGAGUGGGGCCCUCCGGACGGCGACGGCGGCUCUCGUAGGCGGUUCCGGUCCUGUAUCUCCGGGCGGCGGCGGCUCAUGGCGGCGACGGAGCUGAGAGGAGUAGUGGGCCCGGGCCCGGCAGCCAUUGCGGCCCCGGGCGGCGGCGGCGGCGCCGGUCCCCCCAUAGUGGGAGGAGGCGGCGCCGGUGGCCGCGGAGACUCGGGGCCGAGCUCUGGGAUCGCCCCGGGCACGGUGGCCGCGGUGGCUGCGGGCGGCCCGGGCCCCGGGGCCGGGGGAGUGGCGGCGGCGGGCUCGGCUCCUGCGCCGCCGGCGGGGGGCUCGGGCGCUGGGGGUUCGGGCUCGGCUCGCGAGGGCUGGCUCUUCAAAUGGACCAAUUAUAUCAAAGGCUACCAGCGGCGGUGGUUCGUGCUGAGCAACGGGCUCCUGAGCUACUACAGGUCAAAGGCAGAAAUGAGACAUACCUGCCGUGGUACCAUCAACCUCGCCACAGCCAACAUCACAGUGGAGGACUCCUGCAACUUCAUCAUUUCCAAUGGGGGUGCUCAGACCUACCAUCUGAAGGCGAGCUCAGAAGUAGAGCGGCAGCGCUGGGUCACAGCCCUAGAACUGGCCAAGGCCAAGGCUGUGAAGAUGCUGGCAGAAUCAGAUGAGUCAGGAGAUGAAGAGUCCGUCUCACAAACCGACAAGACCGAGCUGCAGAACACCCUGCGGACCCUGUCCAGCAAAGUGGAGGACCUGAGCACAUGCAACGACCUGAUCGCCAAGCACGGCACGGCACUGCAGCGCUCGCUCAGCGAGCUGGAGUCCCUGCGGCUGCCGGCCGAGAGCAACGAGAAGAUCAAACAGGUCAACGAGCGGGCCACGCUCUUCAGGAUAACGUCCAACGCCAUGAUCAACGCCUGCAGAGAUUUCCUUGUGUUAGCCCAGACCCACAGUAAAAAGUGGCAGAAGUCCCUGCAGUACGAAAGGGACCAGCGUAUCCGCCUGGAAGAGACCCUGGAGCAGCUGGCAAAGCAGCACAAUCACCUGGAGAGAGCCUUCCGAGGAGCCACGGUGCUGCCGGCAAACGCUCCUGGCGGCGCUGCUUCUGGCAAAGGUCAGUGCUGCUCCGGCAAAGGAGAUGUGAGUGAUGAGGAUGACGAGAAUGAGUUCUUUGAUGCUCCUGAGAUCAUCACCAUGCCUGAAAAUUUGGGCCACAAACGUACUGGCAGCAACAUCAGUGGAGCCAGCAGUGACAUCAGCCUUGAUGAACAGUACAAGCAUCAGCUGGAAGAGACCAAGAAGGAAAAGAGAACGAGGAUACCAUACAAGCCAAACUAUAGCCUCAAUUUGUGGAGCAUCAUGAAGAACUGCAUCGGAAAAGAACUCUCCAAGAUCCCCAUGCCGGUAAACUUUAAUGAGCCCUUAUCCAUGCUUCAGCGCCUUACUGAAGAUCUGGAAUACCACGAGCUGUUAGACCGAGCUGCAAAGUGUGAGAACUCUCUAGAACAGCUCUGUUAUGUUGCAGCUUUCACCGUGUCCUCCUACUCCACUACUGUCUUCCGUACCAGCAAGCCGUUCAACCCACUCCUUGGGGAGACCUUUGAGCUAGACCGAUUAGAGGAGAAUGGGUACCGAUCCCUCUGUGAGCAGGUGAGUCAUCAUCCCCCUGCGGCUGCACACCACGCUGAGUCCAAAAAUGGCUGGACGUUGCGUCAGGAAAUCAAAAUCACCAGCAAGUUCCGAGGCAAAUACCUCUCCAUUAUGCCGCUUGGUAGCAUCCACUGUAUCUUCCACGCAACUGGGCACCACUACACUUGGAAGAAAGUUACCACGACAGUGCACAACAUUAUCGUGGGCAAACUGUGGAUCGAUCAGUCUGGUGAAAUUGAUAUUGUGAAUCACAAGACAGGAGACAAGUGCAAUCUUAAAUUUGUUCCUUAUAGCUACUUCUCUCGGGAUGUAGCAAGAAAGGUGACAGGGGAAGUGACAGACCCAUCAGGAAAAGUUCACUUUGCCCUUCUGGGGACGUGGGAUGAGAAAAUGGAGUGUUUCAAAGUACAGCCAGUCAUCGGGGAAAACGGGGGUGACGCUCGGCAGCGAGGCCACGAAGCAGAGGAAAGCAGGGUCAUGCUGUGGAAGCGGAAUCCUUUACCGAAGAAUGCAGAAAACAUGUACUACUUCUCAGAGCUGGCUCUAACUCUCAAUGCCUGGGAAGCUGGCACUGCCCCCACAGACAGCCGAUUACGGCCCGACCAGAGACUGAUGGAGAAUGGGCGCUGGGAUGAAGCAAAUGCAGAGAAGCAGCGCCUGGAGGAAAAACAGAGACUUUCCAGAAAGAAGAGAGAAGCCGAAGCUAUGAAAGCCACGGAGGACGGCACGCCCUACGAUCCCUACAAGGCACUGUGGUUCGAGCGGAAGAAGGACCCUGUUACCAAGGAGUUAACCCAUAUUUAUAGGGGAGGAUACUGGGAGUGUAAAGAGAAACAGGACUGGAGCUCGUGCCCGGACAUUUUCUGAACCGGCCGUGACAAAAGGAGGAGGAUCCAAAGGAGAAGAGGACAGAGGAUGCGCGGGAAAGCUGGCAGUUGUGACUCUCUUACGGAGAGCUUUCCUCAAGUUUGUCUGUCUUAACCAAUCAUUUUUUCCAAAUCAAUCACCAGAAGCAGACACCGUUGGCGGUGAUUGGCUGGUUGCCUUAGCUGAUUGAAACUGAAGUCGACAUUCUGGAUACUGUAUGUGUGAGGGAGGCGUCCUGGCCGAGUGUUAGUGUUGUCCCGCUUCUGCAGAGUCACGUGCUCUUGACCCUUUCCUCUCCCUCUGCCCCAGUUUGAGAUGCUGUCCCUCACCCUCCCCUCACAGAGCCUGCCCAGCCAGGACCUGCGGAAGAGGAUGACGCGGGGGGGCGUCCGGUGCAGUUCAGAGCGAGAGCUGAUUUUAGAGGUUCCCUUUAAAAAGAAACACCACGUAAGACUUACCAACAGAGGCAUCGUGAAUGCUCGUGGUGGAGCUUGGGCGUGACGUUAUGAAGUGUUCACAGAUGGGGUCAAUUGAACGGGGUGUCGGUGCGGAGAAAACCGUGGCACUGGAACACUUGCGAGAGGGACUGUUUUGCAAGGCCGGGACGUUCAGAGUUAAAUUCUUGGAAGUUUCGAUCUUCACUCGCGUAAAACACCCUGCUGCUGUUCUCCAUCUUCUUUGACAGCACCCGGGGCCACUUGGGUGGUCGGUAGGAGGCUUGCGUUAUCCUCACAAAGGGGUUUUACGGACUUGCUCAGGCGGAGAACUUCUGAGAACACGAGGCAGGAUGGAAGAACACUGCUGGCCACUCUUGCUUUCCCCGCUCCUCCUCUCCCCCAUCCUUCAUUGCCUUUCCUCUCUUCUCCCUCCGCGCAGUACUGCUUCGGGUUUGUGCCCUGUGGAGCAAAGCGUUACCUGUCCCAUUCUGAUAUACUUCAGAAUCUGAGAGAAGGAGUUUAUCUGGAAUAAGUUUUCACCAUCUCUCAAGCCCCAUGGACUGGAGCCACCUCUGGAAUAAUGCGUUAAGUAUCUGUAUAGUAUAUAUAUGUAGAGAAAAAUCUAAUUCUUUUUUGGUUUGAUUUUCCUUCUUCCCAUUAAGAAUCUUGAUUUUUGAUAUCACUUGUCUCCCUGGGACUCUCUCUUGGACACACUGAUGUGGAUUGGAGCCCCCUCUGCUUUCCCUCUUUCAGGGGCAGACAGAUUCCAAACCUGAUCAGGAUCCCACCCAGCGGUUCCUGAGCAGGGACCUUGUCCAUGGUUUGUAUCAUGAGGUGCCCACUGCUGUCUAAACUCUGCUCUUCUAAUUACCUGACUCUUGAAAAUGAAAUCCUAACCUCUUUCCUACCUUUUUUCCUUCUCUUACUAGGAAGAGUGUGGGUAGAAAGUCAGGAGGGUAAUUUCCGGUUUGAGCCUGCCUCUGUCCAGAUCUCAGCACACAGAGCUGAUCCCCAAAAGAGCCUUCUUCCUAGGAGUCAGGGCGCCGUCGCGUGGGGUGGGGAAGAGAACUGCUCCUGCUGGGCCCUGGUUUCUUUCAUUUUUUCCUUCUGUACUUGUUUAAGUUGUCUUGUUCAGAAAUCUGACCCCGCCGUGCCACCCGCCCCUGGCUGAGGAUCACAAAUGAGGUGCCUUCUGUGUACGCUUCUCGUUAGUGCUUUUCGUUUCUGUUCCGUAACUGCCGAGCCUCAGCCAGCGUGGGUCCUGGGGGGAGAAUCAUUCCAGAGGAAGCCGUCCCGGCAGGGAAAUUGGAUCUGUACUGGGUAAAUAGCAUCUUACUCCUUCCCCGCCAUCCCUUCCUUCCUAGCUGUGAUGAACUUGAGACAGGGACACCUCCUGGGGAAGUUCCUCCUGCGAACUCAGCUCGAUCCCAGCGAUCCCAGCGUAAGCAAGGGAUUAUUCCAGGGCUGCUUCUUUGAAGGAGGCCCAUAAAAGCGUUGAUGUAACUGGGGUGGGGACGGAGCUUUAGACAGCGGGAACUCCCCAAACAGACGGAACUUCCCUGCUCUGUCUCCCGCUCCCGCUCCCCAUUGUCUGCACUACGUUUCCAGCCUGAUCCCCAGUGAGGUUCCUGCUAAUGGAAGAGGCUUCGAGUCCUUCAGGUGAAAUAAAGUCACAUGAAAACAAAACAAAACUAUAUAUAUUUUCGGUUUUUUUGCCUUAUUGUUUUUUUUCCAAGAAAACUACUAAAUUAAAUAAUUUUUAAAAAGUCA